AUGUUGCAACCUCUAUUGCCAGGAUUCCACUCGCUGCCUCUGCCGGUGGCUCAAUUGACACUGUCGGCCGUUUUGAAAUGUGGACAAUCCUUUCGCUGGCAUAUACUCCCCCUUCCAUCUCCUUUGGUUGAUCCCCUCAUGACACACGAAUAUCGAUUCUGCCUACGCGAUCGAGUUGUCUGCUUGCGCCAGUCUCAAGAUACUCUAUUCUAUCGCUCCGUAUUCCCCGCUCCUUGCCCAGCCCCGGAUCAACUUGUGGCCAAAGAAAUCGGCACUUUGAACUGGUUAACGAACUACUUCCAGCUGGAAGUCGAUCUCAUUCAAUUAUACGACGACUGGAGCAAACGCGACAUCGUCUUCAGCCGUUUCCGAGACCGGUUUGCUGGCAUUAGAAUACUGAGGCAAGAUCCUUGGGAGAAUUUAGUUUCAUUCAUAUGUUCUUCGAACAACAACAUUGCUCGUAUCAGCAAGAUGGUCCACUCACUUUGUUCUCAUUAUUCGCCUCCUCUCCUAGAGUUAUGCAAUCCUUCUUCCCAGACCGAGUUUAGUUCCUAUCACCCAUUUCCGCCACCGGUCGCUUUAGCAGGUUCGGAAGUAACUGCAACAUUGCGGUCUCUUGGGUUUGGAUACCGUGCAGACUUCAUCCAACGUACUGCCAAGAUGAUUGUCGAGCGCUGCGACUCCCCCACUCUCCCCUUGGAUCCUGAGAGUUGGCUCCUAACUUUGCGUCAAAAGAGCACUGACGAUGCCCGCGAGGAACUCCUGAAAUUUGUUGGUGUCGGCCGCAAGGUUGCGGAUUGCGUCUUACUGAUGAGUCUAGACAAGAAAGAAGUUAUUCCUGUUGACACCCAUGUUCAACAAAUCGCUAGCAAAUACUACAAUAUUAGCUCCACGGCAAGUAAGAAGCCAAAGACGAACAUGACCCCCAAACUAUAUGAUGAAGUCGGCGGCAAACUAGCUGAUAUCUGGGGAGAGUACGCCGGUUGGGCCCACUCUGUGCUCUUUACUGCAGACCUCAAGUCUUUCGUAGAUUACGGUACAAUGGUGGCUGAGGAAGUAGCACGCGAUACAACAACAUUGAAAUCCGAAAAGCCACCCAUGGAUGACACUAUUAAUUCCAAUUCUCCGACUUCCAUCCCUCUCAAGCGUGUUCGCAGGCACAAUUCAAGUGCCAUAGAAAGCCCACAAGCGGUAUUGCCCCAGCCCUCGGACGACAGCCUCUACGAAAGGAUCAAAAGACGGAGACGAGGAUAG